AUGUACCAUCUGGCCAAGUCGCUGUACUUAUACGCCACCAGCAAAGAGGAAUAUUCCGUUCUCCUACUUGGCCUAGACAACGCUGGCAAAACCACUCUCCUGUCGCAGAUCAAAGCGCUUUAUCAACCCCGUGCUGAUGGCGCCCCCGCGCCUAACCCCGGAAAGACCGUCCCCACUGUCGGCCAAAAUGUCUCAACGAUACCCUUACACGAUAUGAACUUGAAGAUCUGGGAUGUCGGUGGCCAGAUCUCGAUGCGUGGUCUAUGGCAGAGCUAUUACAGUAGCUGCCACGCGAUUAUCUUCGUGGUCGACAGUGCCGAUGUUGGACAGGACCCCGAUAUUACUCGACUGUUAUCAUCAUCGCGGCGCGCAAGCUCGGUGGCCGGACCAGCGCGCAAUAAUACACGAGGAAGUACAAGUGCGGAAGCAUUUUCAGAACAGAAUGUCGGAAUCAACGCGGCCAGCAGUGAGUUCGGACGUCUGGAUGAAUGCCGGCAGGUCCUCGAAUCAGUCCUACAAAACGCAGACGUCGCGGGCGUUCCCAUUCUAGUGCUGGCAAACAAACAAGAUCGCGAAGACUGUGUGGAAGUGGUUCGCAUCAAAGAAGGGUUGGUCCGCAAGGUGUUUGAGGGAGAGACAGGAGGCGGCGUCCGUGACAGUCGCGUGCUGCCGGUCAGCGCGUUACUUGGAUCAGGAGUCCAGGCUGCUGUUGAGUGGGUGCAAAGCCGCGUCAAAUGGAACAAGGAGGGUCGACCUCCGGUGAUGCGUUGA